CCUGUGCGUGACGUCACGUGCCGGCAUGGCGGCAGAUUUGACUCCUAGGUUCCGUAGGAUCCGCAGUGUCGGGGACCUUAGGGCCCGCAGGAAGGGUCACAGAGGACCAUUCCAAGCAACUCAGCUAUGGAACAGCAUCAUCCAGUCACUGAAAAAGAAUGUUGAAGUAAAGAAUCGGCGCCAGCAUCUUAGGACCUAUUCCUGCUGCUUCACAGGAUCUGAUGCAGUGGACGCAGUGCUAUGUCACCUCAUGCAGAAUAUGUAUUUGAGCAGCUACGACAUUUCAAGGAAUAAAGGUGUCCAGCUAUGCCAAGCACUUAUGGAUCACAAAGUAUUUGAGCCAGUUGGAUUAAAGCUCUUUAAGAGUGAAUCAGAUUUUGUCUUUGAGGACAGCAACAGUCAUUUUUAUAGAUUUUUAGAGUCCAAAAGUACCGCCGACCUCAGUUCAAAAGAGAGUACAACUGGGAAGGACAGAUUUUCCAGAUCUGGACACGCCGCAACGAUAUCUAACCCGUCAGCCCUUGACACUGCAAAUGAAAAGUUAAAUCAGCUUCUUCACUGCAUCUGUGAACAUCCCAACGCACAUGUGAACCCCGUACUCAAUAAAUUACCCAGCAUCGUUUCACAGAAAGAUACCGAGAAUGUAUGGAAACAGCAGGUCAUGGUGCGCCUCCUUCAGCUAAUCCACAUCCCUCUCCUUGAAGACAUCCUGGAGUCUCCAGUUAAAACUGAGCAUAAGACACACUUCAGUGAUCUCAUUGUUUCAAACACGUUUCUGGACAGAGAGAUUCUGCAAACUCUCCAUUUACCUAAGAUGGACCGAUGGAUUGCUGCAGCUGUUGAAUGUUUGGAGCAUUUUCCGGAUCAGCAGAUAGUGAUGCUAAGCCAACAGCUUCCACCCAGUAACAAUCCCACCGAAGACCUGGACUUGUACAAGAAAAUGUUAUACGAGGUUAUUGCAAAAUAUUACACCCAAGAGAGGGAUCCUUUUUUGGAUAGUCGACUUCUUAAAAUACUUUCGGGAAUUGUUGAACUCUUAGAAAGUGGAAAAGAGACCCAUGCACUAGAAGCGGUACAGCUGUACUUAAGAUUACUUGUUCCAAGCACCAGAGAGGAGUUCCGCAGAUUAGUGGUGUUUAUGGCAACGGCAUCUGAAACUUGUGGCUGCAGACUGCAAAAACAGUUUGAUAACAAGACAGUAGUGACUAGGACAUUAAGCAAAAUCCUUCUUCAGAACCCCUCAAUAUCAAGAACACAGACUGAGCAGUUUACUGUGUUUUUGUUGGAAAACUACUGUGAUCUAUUUAAGACACCGCUUGCUUUAUUGGACCUUAUCAGUACAAAGCUAAGGAGCUUGCAGAAUGGUGUGGACCCCGAUUCCUUUUCAGGCUUUACAUUUUGCCAGCUUUUGACCCUGGAUGAAUUUGAAAGGCAAAGAUAUCGUUGCACAACAAAUGAACUGCAACUUCUAGUAGAGAUCAUCAACCAGGACAAUGCAUUCCCUGAGAAGAAGAGAAAGAAAAUAAUGAAAGAGUUUAAGAAGUAUCACCCUUCAGCCCUAAAUGAACAUUUCUUGCCUUAAUUAUGGUUUUGUAACUUUUC